CGAAAGGCGAGUAUUCGUCCCACGUGGACCCCACCGGAUACCCUCAGCUGAUGUUGAAAAAGGGAGAACAAAUUAUGUACAGGAUCGGGCCGUGGAACGGUCUCCGGUGGAGCGGGGCCCCCAACACGAGCAACGACCCGACCUACAGCGGGUCGGUCCAGAUAACCCGAGAUGAAGUGCACUACACAUUGCGCGCGGUCACGGACUCGGUCUUGUCGAGGUCGACCCUGACUCCCAAUGGCGUAGGAGUGCGGUCCACGUGGAACGAUCGGGCGAAUUCAUGGACCACUUACUCCAACAUGCCGGCGGACAACUGCGACAACUAUGCGCUGUGCGGUCCGCACGGCAUCUGCAAUGUGGGGACGUCCCCGUCGUGCGGAUGUCUCGACAGGUUCGUGCCGAGAGAUCCAGAGAGCUGGGAUGGGACGGACUGGUCGGGCGGGUGCGUGAGGAGGACUGCGCUGAGCUGUGACGGAGAUAAGUUUUUGAAGUACUCUGGGAUCAAGCUGCCUGAUGCUCGCAACACUACCAACAAUAACGAGAGGAGGAGCCUCACGGAGUGCCAAGUGGAUUGCUCGAGGGACUGUUCAUGUGUGGCGUAUGCGCAGCUGAAUAUCAGUGGAGACGGGAGUGGAUGCUUGUUCUACCAUGCCGACUUGAUCGAUAUCCGAACUCUGGCUUCGGCUGGCCAGGAUCUUUACAUCAGAAUGGCUGCUUCUGAGGUUGAAGAUGUGGCAAGCGUUGACGGUAACAAAGGGAGAACAAGAUCUAUCAUUAUUGCAAGUGUUACGUCUGUGGUUUUUGUGUGCCUAAUCCUCGGUUAUGUUUAUGGCCGGAAGACGAAGAAGGAUCCCAGUAUGAGUCAAGGGAUGUUCAGUGCAACUCAUGUUAAAGACGCGGAGCUGCCAUUCUUUAGCUUGUCUACAGUUUUGAAAGCUACUGAUAAUUUUUCAGACAAGAAUAAGCUGGGUGAGGGCGGAUUUGGACCUGUGUACAUGGGCGUGCUGAAAGACGGGCAUGAAAUUGCUGUCAAACGUUUGUCGAAGACCUCAACGCAGGGAGUGAAUGAGCUGAGAAACGAAGUAACGCUGAUAUCCAAACUCCAGCACCGCAAUCUGGUGAGGACUCUGGGAUUUUGCGCUCAAGGAGACGAGUACAUGUUGGUCUACGAAUACAUGCCUAAUUACAGCCUUGACUUAACGUUAUUUGACCAAGAGAAGAGUAGGCUCCUUGACUGGCAAAAGCGCUUCAAUAUCAUCAAUGGAAUUGCUAAAGGGCUACUGUAUCUUCACCAAGAUUCGAGGCUGAGAAUCAUCCACCGCGACCUCAAAGCUAGCAACAUACUGCUAGAUGCUGAUAUGAUUCCCAAGAUAUCGGACUUUGGAUUAGCUAGGAGCUUUGGAGGAAACCAAACAGAAGCUCAGACGCGCAGAGUUGUUGGGACUUAUGGUUACAUGUCUCCGGAGUACGCUAUAGAUGGGUUGUUUUCAGUCAAAUCCGACGUUUUCAGUUUCGGUGUUCUCGUGCUAGAGAUUGUUAGCGGCAACAGAAACAGAGGAUUCCUCCUUAAAGACCACAAUCUCAACCUUCUUGGACAUGCGUGGAGUCUUUACAAAGAAGAUAGUUUGAGAAAACUAGUUGAUCCUUGUCUGGAUGAGGCAUUCGACUUGGGACAAGUGGAACGUACGAUCCAUGUUGGGCUGCUGUGCGUGCAGAAUAGCCCGGACGACAGGCCAAGCAUGUCGUCUGUGGUGUUCAUGCUGGGGAAUGGAGUGGCACUGCCGCAGGCGAAGCAGCCGGGUUUCUUCUCGGAGAGGAACAUUGCUAUUGAUCACAACUCCAACGACUCUAAUCCCACAGCUUCGCAUAAUCAACUUACAAUCACUUGGACACAAGGUAGAUAGCAGUCAAAACUGUUGUACAAUGAGUUAAUUGUAAGGUGUAACCUCGAGAAAUAUAGAGAGAAUACUGCCAUUUAUUUGAAUUUUUCAUGCUAGGCUUCUUAGUUGAGAUGUUCCAGACAA